GAUGCCUCAACCUGAAGGUCUUACAAAUUACCAACUUGCCGAAUGGAAAGACAAAAAACUUACUCCUAUUCGAUUGAGAGUAUUCAAUGUUCUUAAAUCCUGGUUUGAAAACUAUCUUGGGCAAGAGCAACAGGAUAUCCAGGCAUUGAUGCUGGUGCGCAAUUUUGCCGAGUUCAAAAUGUCAGACUAUAUGGAAGCGGCCUCUUCUCAGCUUAUUCGCUUGAUCGAUCGCCGUCUUGCUAAUGGGCCUGCACUAUCUACUGGUCGACUAGUGGCCGUUGCUGCCAAUCGUGAUUAUCCCCAACCGAUUCUUCCCAAAAACAUUCGAAAGUUUCGCUUUUUGGAUCUGGACCCUCUGGAGGUGGCUCGACAACUUACCAUCAAGGAAGGAGAUAUUUUUGUGUCCAUUCAGCUUUCUGAAUUUUUAAACAAAGCGUGGUCUCGUAAGGAUCAACCAGAACUGGGUAUCAAUGUGAAUCGCAUGAGCUCGCUGUCUAACCGGAUUAUUGCGUGGGUGGGUGCAACUAUUUUGGGAGAGCCAGAUCUUAAAAAACGAGCAAAAACCAUGACGCACUUUAUUUUGGUUGCCGAGAAAUGCUUUUCGCUAAACAACUAUAGUAGUUUAAUGAACAUCAUUGGUACGCUUGAUUCCGCUCACGUACAUCGACUUAAAAAGACGUGGGAGCUUGUUUCAUCCAAGCAAAUAGCCACAUAUGAAUCUCUUCGAGAAACCAUGUCUCCACAGCGCAACUUUAUCAAUUACAGAAACGCUUUGCAUUCAGUCAAUCCUCCCGCCAUCCCCUUUGUCGGCUGUUAUCUUACUGAUCUUACAUUUAUUGCUGAUGGAAAUCCAGAUACGCUCAAGGGUCGUGAACAUAUAAUCAACUUUGCAAAAAUGUCCAAAACAGCCGAGACGUUGAGAGAUAUUCAACAAUUUCAGCAUAUCAAGUAUGCAUUGCACAAGGUUCCCGAAAUUCAAGAAUUUUUGGACUCGGUAUUGAUUGAAGAUGCUACCGAGACUGAGUUUUAUGAUAUGUCGUUGAAAGUGGAGCCCCGCAACACAUCUGCGAGAGAUCCGGAAGAAAACCGGCUGAAUAUACUUUUGCAAGAGUCUGGAUUUGUGAAUAUGAGUUAGGGAUGGUCAAGCAUACCCUUCUUGCUUUUCAUUAUCGGAUAUGUCUCAUCUGCAUCAUUAUAUUAUGUUUUAAAACAAGUUCAUUGUUUUAAAUAUACAGGGCAUAUUAACAUUUACUUUUCUUGAUAAAAACUAAAGAUAUUUUAAAUGAAACUAAACUACAUGUAAUUGAAUG